UUCGUUGCGAAUUCAUGGAGGAGCGCGUGGUUGGUUGCUUGCUACAUCCCUGCAGGGAUUUGUGAGCGGAUGCAUUACUCAUAUUCAUGCAGCUUUUUACCCUUGGCUUUCAGGUAGAACUAUGCUAGACUAGGGCGUUGGUCAUAAAGCCAGCAGCUGUUGCGCUCAAGUGGUUUUUAUUUCUUCUAAAAUUUAGGCAUAUAUGAGGAUUUUAUCACUAUUCCAGCAUUUUUUGGAAACGUUUGUAACCAGACACUCUUGAACGGUCACUGCUGAUAAGUGACUUGCCUCAGGCUCUGUGCGUUCACUGUGAAUUUUGAGGGAUAAUGGCUCAAAAUGUUUUUUAUGAGGCCUUGGGCAUAUCUAAUUGGCUGUGAUCUAAAGAAUGUGGGUACUUCUGUUGACAGCCCUGUUUUCAUAUUUUCCACAGCUCCAUUCACAUUUUCCAUAUAAUUUUAUUUAUACUUCAAGCAUAACAGUAGCAUGAUUAUAACACUCAUGAUGUGCUCAACACCUCAUGGUGUGGAUGAUGAAUGUGAAAGGCAUGAUACCCUGACCUGUCUGUGAUAAAUGCAGUGAGCAAACAGGGGAUGCCUUAUGGUAAGAGAUAGGGUGGGUAGCUCAUCAAGACUAUAAAUUCUUAUUGCUCCUUCUGCUACAUUCUGCUACAGUGCACUGCGUAGUGGGAUCUUCUGCUUUAAACCACAACAUUGGCAGCUGGCCUGCUAGACAUGUCCAUCCUGUACUGUGGCACAUGCUGAAUAUUGUCUCAUAUUUUACCUUGUUGGUCUCACAAACCUCUUACUAGUUCAUGCCACAUUAACUAUGCAAGCUGGUUGAUAUUCACUCCAAUAGACCCUGUUCUCAGGACUCGAAGAGCAUAGCAUUGUCUGCAGCACUAAAUUUCUGUAGAUGUGCCGGCAACAGUAACAUCCUUAAGGUGUGAUGCUCUGCCUUUUGUGACAGUUGCCCUGUUUCCUGCUUUUGAAAAUGACUGCAAUAUGUUUGAUUACCUGAUGUUAAUUUAUCAUAGUCUACUGAUUUUUAAAGUUAAUUUUGUAAUGUCUUAUAUAAAUUUGACCUACUGCGGAGAUUGUUUCAGGGUUAAUUUACUGUAGUCUACUGAUUUUCAAAGUUGAUUUUGUAAUGUCUCAUAAAUUUGAUCUACUGCAGAGAUUGUUUCAGGAUCAGAGGACUUAAAAAGCAUGCCAUUAGUAGGAUCAUGACCAGUUACACCUUGGUGUAAGCACCCUUGAAUGCAUAUUGUUAUGCCUGGAGAGGAAUCCCAGUCCAACCCUUUUUUAAGAAAUGUUUGUACAUGCCAUUUUAUGGUGCAACAUUUAGGAAAUGGUCUGUUGCAAACCUGGGCUAGCUGCCCAUUGAGUGUCAGAGAUGGGCUAUAUAAGAAUAGUUACAGCUACUUGCCAUAAAUUGGUAACUCAUUCAGCACCCUUUCAACUGAGUACACAACAGUAAUAUUUUUUAAAGCAUGAUGCACAGCUCUUAAAAAUGAAUUGAACUGUGGAUUUUCCCCAAAUCUCACAACAGUUGAGCCACCAAUGACAUCAUCAUACAAGUAUUUACUGCAGUACCAAGAUAGUGGGCUAGAAAACAUGAUAUGAUCUAGAAGGUGGCAAAUUUCACUAUCCCCUGGUGCUUCUGAGUACAGUGUGUGCAUUCUUAUUUAUGUGCAUGUGCAUGCUUUUUCAUCACAUGCAACUUGCAUAGUUUCAGGUCGCACGAGCCUGCUGCGUGCCCUGUUAGCGCACCUUUACCAUUCGUUGUCCACACACCACUCAGCCCAUACCAUGAGCGUCUGCGCCGCCGCCAACGGCGUGAAGCGCGGCGCGUCUGAGCUGGUGGAUGGAGGCGAGCUCAAGAGGCCGCGGCGCGAGGAAGAGGACGCCGGCGAGCAGCGCCCGACGGGGACCGCCGCCGCCGGGGAAGCGGUGACGGCCGGCGGCGCCGAUCACCGUCCCGCCGACGACGCCGGCGCCGAGCGCUGGAAGCUGAAGAAGGUGCUGCUGCUGGUCUCCUACUCGGGCAAGGGCUACCAGGGCAUGCAGAGGAACCCCGGUAUCCGCACCAUCGAGGAGGAGCUGCUGACGGCGCUGCACAGGGCGCGCGCCAUCCCCGACCACGGCCUGCGCGAGCAGCAGAGCAUCUGGUUCCAGCGCGCCGCGCGCACCGACAAAGGCGUCUCGGCCGCCAAACAGAGCGUCUCGCUCAAGAUGGUGGCGGAGGACGGUAUUCUGGAGGCGGUGAACGCCCACCUGCCGGCGCAGAUCCGCGUCUUCGACAUGAAGCGGGUCACCAAGCGGUUCGACGCCAAGCUGCAAUGCUGCGCGCGCACUUACCACUACGUCAGCCCCAGCUUCGCCUUCAGCCCGUCCCCUGAGCUCAUCUCCGAGCAGUACAGGAUGCCUGAUGAAGUGCUGAGCAACGUGAAUCGGCUGUUCGAGAAGUACACAGGCACCCACAACUACCAUAAUUUCACUUCAAGAAGAAAACCGAACGACCCGAGCAACAAACGCUACGUCAUGGAGAUGGGCUGCAGCCAGCCGUUCGUAAGGCGCGGCGUUGAGUUCGUCGUCAUCACCGUGAAGGGUCAGAGCUUCAUGCUGCACCAAAUCCGCAAGAUGGUGGGCGUGGUGAUGGCCGUGGCGCAGGGGCACGCCGAGGAGGGCGUGUUCGAGCGCGCCUGGAGCCUGGAUCGCAUCGACCUGCCCGUGGCCCCCGCCCUCGGGCUGCUCUUGCACGAGGUGCACUACGACCGGUACAACCAGCGCUUCGGCAGCGGUGGCUCCAACACGCACGACAACAUCGAGUGGUCGGCCGUGGAGGACAAGGUGCGCCGCUUCACCGAUGACUUCAUCUACGCCGACAUCGUGCGCACCGAGCUGGAGGAGAAGCCCAUGCUGAGCUGGCUGAGGACGUUGCCGCUGCACACCUUCGACAUCCGCGAGGGUGACCUGAGCCCGCCACCUGGCCCGGCUGCCGCCGCCGACCGCUCCGGCUCACAGGGCGGCAGCGGCCAGCUCGCUGCCGGCCAGCAGACAGCGGAGGGGGGCCACUCGGGGCCGCCUGUGGUCGGCCAGGCCGCGGGAACUGGUGCAGAGCUCGCCGAGGCGCAGACGGCUGUGAACUGCGGCGCGGAGCCGGCUGUUAACGCCCAGCUGCCGUCGUUAGGUGGCGGCGGGACGACCACGACCAGUUGACGAGUGGAAACGUGUAAUGCUUUGAGGGCGGUUGUGGUGGGGUUUGCGAGUUUUGAACAGGUUGGUGAAAAGUGGAGAAGGAUCCGUGGUUUCGCGGGUGAAGAUGUCGUCGCAGGGAUACUCUGCAGCGUGUUGCGUUGGA